UAACACAACAGAAUUCCUUCAAGGUCACCCAGGGCCGUCAGAUCAGUCGUCAGACAUUUAGAAAAACAGCUCCCUCCUGUGCACGCACAGACGAACACAAGUCUGUGAGUGUUUGCAAACACAGCCCCAGAGAUGAGUGUAGCAAGGUCUUCUCAUUAAUACAGCGACACAUAUACACACUGUCAAGCUGUGACUGGCUAGGUUAUUGUAUCCUAGCAACAGAGAUAGGCAUCGACCAUUAAGUAUUUCUUUGUGACCACAGCAGAGCAGUGAAGGCAGUCCGACUUCUGAUUUUUUCCACUUGCUAGUCUUUACCCCACUUUACACCUGCUUCAUAUCUGUCCCUGCUUCUCAGUUUACAUCCCUUUAACCUGGCAGGCACAUCAUAAACGUCUGACUGAAUCUUCCUCUCUGACUCAGACACUGAGAAUGAGGAGUGUGCAGCUAAAAGAGAGAAGGGUCUCAGUGAAGAGGAUAGAUCCCCAGAUUUCUGUGGAGUCACACCAAACUGGUAUCUGCUCAACAAGAAACCUAAUUUUCUGAAUUAACAGCCAGUCAUCUUUAUUUUGGAACAUUCUCACAUCCCACUGAGUGCAGGUACAUGUUUAUUUCCAUGGAAAACUAACUACUUACAUGAGCAUUCUGAGAGAAAGUUAGGGUUUCAGAACGAUGCACACUCCAGCGUCCAUGGUGAUGGGCAUUGUUUUUUCUCCUUUGGGACUGGUCCUCGUCUUCACGGCUGCUAUCACCCCUCAGUGGAGAGAGGGACAAGCUCGCCUGAACAUGGCAGGGACGGGCUCUCUUUUUCGACUUGGAGCAAAAGGCCAUGGGAUGGGUCCCAGGACCGGGUCAGUGGAGGCUCUGCUCUUACUGCGCUCUGAUGGCUUGUGGGAGAGCUGCCUGCAGGUGGAACACUCUGAGCUGAAGCAGUGCUGGCCUGUAGCUGGUUCGUACCAGAAAGAUCCCCGGGUUCGUCUGGCACAAGGCUUAGUGCUCACCUCCUUGUUCCUGUGCGGCCUUGGCAUUGUGCUGGCUUGUAUCGGGGUCCGAUGCUGGACAGAUCUGCCUUUGAGAGGCGUUGCAGCCUCCGGAGGACUCCUGGUGGUAAUCGCUGGCCUGCUGAGCCUGACUGCAUUAGGGGUGUACACCCACAACCUCAGAAGACUUGGGAUGGAUCCAAGCCAUGGGAUCAGUAACCCCAGGUUUCCCCAGCUCAGCUUGCAUCCAGCUGGCUCUCUUUACUUUGGCUGGUUGGGUUCAUGUCUGCAGGUUCUGGGGGGCAGUGCAUUGAUGUUCAGCUUCAAACAGCCAAGAUGCCCAACAUGCCCAUCACGUCCAGAACAAACUGUCUGCCCUGCCUUUCGCUCCUGUCCAGAAAUUACCAGCAAGACCGACAUGGAUGUCUACGAAGUCAGCUGUUAGAACAUAAGGUUAGACAUGCAAAAAAUUUCAACACGAUCAAAAAGGGAGCAAAUUUUGACAUACACCACAUAAACUCCUCAUAUCUGCCAAUGUAUGAAAUGAAAGUCACUGAGACAUAUCAUGACUGAUUGUGAUCAAUCAGACAUUGAUUCAUGAAGUUAUGGAUAUUAAAUCAGCACAAAAAUGUUCAAAUUGAUAAAAUAUUCGAUUACUUUACUGACAUGUUGUCGAGCUCUUGUGGUCUCCUGUCUCUAUUACCGGUGUUCUGAGAUUUUUUCCUACCUAAAAUUUUUUCAUACCGUAGCAAAAAAUUAUAAUAAAUAAAAUCAAUCAAACCUUCUUGCUGGAUGCUGCAGUUAAUCUUUGGUGGUCUGUCCAUUUCCUGCUCUACCUGUUGAUUUCCAUCACUGCUUUUGGCACAAAACUUAAUAACUUUUCCAGCUGUUUAAUACAGCUGGAAAAGCACAUUCACUCACACACAGGCAUAAAGACAUGCAUUUGAUUUGUCCCUCA